AUGCCGACGAGAACAACCGGAGCUAUGUCACAAGACUGGGAGCCGGUGGUGCUCCACAAAUCCAGACCCAAAGCGCAAGUCCUCCGUGAUCCCAAGGCAGUGAACCAGGCCCUCCGCGCCGGCGCUCAAGUCCAAACGGUGAAGAAAUUCGAUGGCGGAACCAACAAAAAGGCACCGGCGACCGCGGUUUAUGCUAGGAAGCUCGAUGAGGCAGCUGAGCCAGCAGCGCUUGAUAGGGUGGCACCGGAGGUGAGGCAAUUGAUUCAGAAGGCGAGGAUCGAUAAGAAACUGAGCCAGGCGGAUCUCGCGAAACAGAUCAACGAGAGGCCUCAAGUUGUUCAGGAGUACGAGAAUGGGAAAGCAGUUCCGAACCAGGCUGUGUUGGCGAAGAUGGAGAGGGUACUUGGCGUUAAACUUCGGGGAAAAAUUCACAAGUAA